CCAUAAUUUCUGUCCUAACCCGAGCACACAUGAAGCUACCAGCUGACCGAUAAUCGCAUUCUUGAAUUGUUUGCUUCUUUCUUUGUUGAUAUCCGACGCCGGUAUUACGUCAUCGGACUCAACAGUGCGAACAGCCAGAGCGUCUAGAUUCUCUUAAAUAUUUCGAAUUAUCACUUCACGUUUGGUUCCUCCAAAUAUAUUAGGUGUGAAAAUAUGGCUAGCAGAAAUCCCUUCGACGAGUUUUCCUUAAGAGAUUUACUCUCUGAACAUGGGACAACUUUCAAUGUGGGAAGUGAAUUCACAGACAUGGACGAGGAGUAUUUAUACAGAGAAAAGUUGACUUUCACUGAUGAAGAAUUGCUGCGGGUAAUAAAUAUGCAAGAGUUUUUGGAUGACGAUGACCAGGUGGAGGAAGACUCCGAAAUUCCCCAGUCAGUUGGGAUACAUUUUGAUAAAAUUAAAGAGAAAAUGGAAAAUUUGACUGCAGAUGGAAAGGUGAAGAAAUUAAUAAGACAAAAAGGUGUUGGCCCAGUCAUACCCCCAGAUGCACUCGUGACCAUCAAAUACUCUGGUUACUUUGAAGGAGAGGACGAGCCAUACGAUUCAUCGCAUGCACGUGGCACUACUGACAGAUAUCAGCUCAAUAAUAGUGAGCUGAUACCGGGCUUUGAGCUUGCUAUUCAAAGUAUGAGAAAGCACGAGGUCUCCAUCUUCUGGGUCCAUCCUGACUAUGCAUUUGGAGAACUGGGAUGUGCUCCCCUGAUUCCACCUAGUGUCGAGAUCAUGUUCGUUAUUUCAUUGAUCAAUUAUUUGGACAAUGCUUCUGUCAAUAAUUUUGCGAAUCUCAGUAUCGAGGAGAAGAAGCAAUUCAAAAAUGUCAAAGAUAAUGUAGCACACAUUUUCAAAAUUGCCGGCGAUGGAUUCAAGCAAAGGAAGUAUAAGCAAGCUAUUAGAGAUUACAAAAAAAUCAUGAGCUUCUUGGAAGAAGCGGAACUCGAGGGAGAGGAAGACCAGGAUGAAAUGAAAAAACUACUGACUCGGGCUGCUCAAAAUUUGGCUAUUUGUUACAACAGAGAGAACAUGCCCCGUCAAGCAUGUAUUGCUUGUAACGAGGCUCCAUACAAAACAGCAAAAAUUCAUUUUCAUUAUGGAAGGGCUUUGAUAAAGAUGGGAGAAUACAAUCAGGCACUCUCAGAGUUGGAGAAAUGUUUGGCUUUGGAUCCAGGAAAUAUUUCUACUAUAAAGGAAAUGGAACUAGCCAAUCGUUCAGCAGAGAAAUACGAAGAAAUUGAGAAGAAAAUGUGGUCCAAGUGCUUAGGACAGUCUAAAGAAAUUAUUAAAGAGGAUGAGUAUGAACAGCUUGCUACUUCUUUUGUCCAGACUUUCGUGGAUGACGAGCACAUCAUGCGUCAACCAUUACCGGAAGGAUUGCUACCACAAGCAGAGAAAGCCAUUCGAAGACAAGCCGCUAUGAAAAACCUUAAAGUUACUUCACAUAGUAGAUAUGGGAAAGAGAUUAUCUAUCUUUCGAAGAUGAAUUACAUCUAAUUUAUUAGUUUUUUAUAUCCACCUUUUCCAAAGGCCAAGUAUUAUUCGAAUAUAAUUCAGAAGACAAAUGUUAAAAAGCUUAUUUUGUUAUCAAAGCUAUUGAGAAAAAAGAGUUGCAGAAAAAUAAAAGGUGCUGUGACACUGAAAAA